AUGGAACAUCAACCUACUCGUGAAAAACUUUAUUCUACAUCAAAGGGUUAUGGCUUCAGUCCUGCCUUGCAAAGAACCCGUGCACCUUUUGCUCUCCGUAACAUGAUUACUUUAGUCGGUCUCUUGACCUUCACUGGCAGUGUUUAUGGAUAUUCUCUUUAUGCUGUUAAGCAGGAUGAUUUCAGUGACGUUCCUUUACCUGCUGCCCUUCCUGGCGUUCAAGACGUCACUCCCAAGGAGAACUAA